CUCUCCUGCGUGGGAACAGUCCACCUGCCCGUUGACGAUAUGAAAAGACUAGAAAAACUGGUGCCUGACGCACAUGUGGCCCCUAAACGGUCCGGACACACAGGCGAGAUGAGGGGCCUCUGGCUGGUGUUGGUGCUCGUGGCCACGGCUAAAGCUGAGAGGGUUUUCACUGGAGAUCAGGUCAUCAGGGUCAAUGUGCAGUCUGAGGAAGACAUCCAACUCCUGCAGGCUCUGGAGACCCAACAGGCGUGGGAGCUGGACUUUUGGCUCCACCCGGUCUCCACUGAGCUUCCUGUCGACAUCCGAGUGCCCAGCUCCAGUUUGAGCUCCGUCGGGGAGUACCUCAAUGCCCACGGCAUCUCCUUCACUGUCCUGAUCGAAAACCUUCAGGAGGUUCUUGAUGAGGAGAGAGCUGAGAUGGAGCAGAACCAGAUGAAGGAGCGCAGCACCAGGAGCUUCAACUUUGGAGCCUAUCAUCCUCUGGAGACCAUCUACGGAUGGAUGGACACCCUGGUGGCUCAGCACCCUAACCUGGUCACCAAGCAGGAAAUUGGGAGAUCCUAUGAGAACAGGCCCAUGUAUGUGCUCAAGUUCAGCACUGGCGGCCACAAGCGUCCAGCUAUCUGGAUCGACACGGGAAUCCACUCCAGAGAAUGGGUGUCUCAGGCCACCGGAGUGUGGACAGCCAACAAGAUUGCCACUGAUUACGGUACAGACGCCUCCCUGACCUCCCUCCUGAACUCCAUGGACGUUUACAUGCUGAUCCUGGCCAACCCUGACGGCUAUGCUUACACCCACACCAAUAACCGCAUGUGGCGUAAGACUCGCUCCAAGAUCUCCGGCUCCAGGUGCCGAGGAGUCGAUCCCAACAGGAACUGGGACGCCGGCUUUGGCGGUCCCGGUUCCAGUAAGAACCCCUGCUCCGAUUCCUACCACGGCCCCUCGGCUAACUCUGAGAUCGAGGUGAAGAACGUGGUGAACCUGAUCAGGGGCCACGGCAACUUCAAGUCCUUCAUCUCUGUCCACUCCUACUCCCAGCUGCUCAUGUACCCACACGGUUAUUCCUGCAGGAGCGUGCGCGAUCAGCCUGAGCUGGACUCCGUGGGCAGAGCUGCAGUGCAGAAACUCACCUCUCUCUACGGCACCAGGUACAAAGUUGGAAGCAUCUGCAAAAUCAUCUAUCAAGCCAGUGGCGGCAGCAUUGACUGGACCUAUGAUAUAGGCAUCAAAUACUCCUUCGCCUUCGAGCUGAGGGACACCGGUCGCUACGGUUUCAUCCUGCCGGCCAAUCAGAUCAUCCCCACCGCCUCCGAGACCUGGCUAGCCCUGAAACACCUCAUGGAGUACGUCCGUGACCAUCCUUACUGAUGGCUCUAACCACGAUUGGAAGAUCAAGUUUCAAAUCAAAUGAAAUUUGUGGAACAUCAUUACUCGUCAUCCUACGCUGAUUUAUGAUAUCUGACUUCAAUAUUGGCCAAUAAAGUC